CAGAGAGGUCCUUACGAAGAGAUGGCGAGGAAGAACAAGGAAAAGUACAUGCAGGAAAUGGAAAUAUACAAGCAGCAAAAGGAGGAGGAAGCAGCAAUCCUCAAGAAGGAAGAGGAAGAACAAAUGAAGCUUCAUAAACAUGAAGCUCUGCUGUUGCUAAAGAAGAAAGAGAAAACCGAGACUAUUAUAAAGAAAACAAAAGAGGAGCGGCAGAAGAAGAAGAAGGAAGGGAAGAAGAGUGUUGAUCCUAACAAGCCUAAGAAGCCUGCAUCCUCUUACAUCCUGUUCAGCAAAGAAGCAAGGAAAAGUGUAAUGGAGGAGAGGCCAGGAGCCAACAAUUCCACAGUGAAUGCACUGAUUUCAGUGAAAUGGAAGGAACUAAGUGAAGGGGAGAGGAAGAUGUGGAAUGAGAAAGCUGCAGAAGCCAUGGAUGCUUACAGAAAGGAAUUGGAGGAAUACAACAAAACUGUUGGUGAAAUUAAGGGCUGAUUGGUUCAGUGUUCACGGUUCAAAUGUUAUUUGAACAGAGUCAGUUCCUAACAAUGACUUGUUUUGAUUAGUUGCUGCUAAUCUUGUCUUCCUUCUCUGAUUAGUUUGUUAUAUUAUUUAUUUUAUGCUGAUGAUUUCUGGAGCUCUUCCGCUCAUGUAAGUUGUGUAUGUUGAACACAAUUUUAGUGUUUAACACUCGCACACACUCUUCCGCUGAUCUUAGAAAUGUAUGUUUGAACACAAUUCUUAGUAAUAAACACUCUCGCAUACACUAGGUAGAAAUUAUUGCCUUA